UUUGAAAAUUGUUGACAAACAGAAACACCCUCUCCCAAAAAAUCAGGAAACUGCAGGUUGAAUAGACUGCCGAGGACAAAAGCUAACAGCUGAGUUGUCACGUUAGGGUGGCUGGACGUCUUUCGAGCUGAGAUCGAAUCCGUUUUGCAGUUAUACCAUAUCAAAGAUGAAUUAAUCAAGAUGCAAAAAUUUGAUGCACUGAAAAAUGUGCGGAGACUCUCUCAUUCAGUGCAGAAGAGACCAAGAGGCUCAGAAGUGCUCUCUGCUUACCUUAGGCAGUGCAAUGAACCACCAUGGACGUCGUAUUUCAUAAGAUACAAAGACAUUGAAGACGAUCAGUGGGGAAAGUCGCACUUUAACUGGAAAGUUGGUGCUAGCAAUUAUCACAUUUUGAGGACUGGCUGCUACCCUUACAUCAAGUACCACUGUACGAAACGGACUCAUCAGGACCUCACAAUAGAAGACAAAUUUUUCAGAUUCAUCAAGUGCAUUAACUUAGGCCUUCCUUGUCUUGCAUACGGAAUAGCUGCGGUUUAUUUAAUUCGACACGUUGAGAUGGUUGUUGUGAACAAUCAACAAGUUCCAAUUUUCUUUUUGUACGAGGAAGACAAGGGCUCACUGUACUAGUCGUCAUGUCAUGGUAUGUGUGAUAUUGUAGAUAUCAAGGUUGAAAAAUAAAUCUGAUGUAUGAUGAUUCUA